UCUCGGUAGAAUGACUCGGCAGUCCGCGAGAGCAGCCCGGCAUGACACUGCACCUUGAGCCAGUCUUUGUUUUUGUUUAGCAAGUAGCGGGCGAACAGCGAGCGCCGCGGAGGGACAGAGCCAGCCCGCCCUUGCUGCAUGACGGCCGAGUCCAGGGGCGACGCCGUUGCACACGUGCUGCAGCUGUGUGUGUGUAUGUGUGCAUGUGUGCGCGGGUGUGUGUGUAUGUGUGUGGGUGCCACUGAUGUUGCCUGGUGUUGUGGGCCCAUAAGAGCGGUGUGUGCUGCGUGAGGUGGCCGCGGCCGUGCUCCACCCCACUAAGCAACAGGGCCGGCGGUCUUUGGUGUGAUGACAAACAGGGCUGGAGGACUGGAGGAGAACGUCGCUCGCUGUGUUCAGUUAUCCUUCCGUGAUCGGGCGAGGAACAUGUGUUGGCGGUGGUGAGAGUGACGCGAAUCGAAAACAAGGAGGUCCACGGGAGUGCUCUUUUGUUCUCUAACGACGCCGCCCGGAGAUACCUUGCCAUCUAGAGCGACGAGGCCGAAGCCGCAGUCAUCGAGAGAACCAUGAAAACGCACUGUGUUAACAAGAACCGGGGCAACAGUGAUGCAUCAACUUGACUUCCAUCGAUUGACGUGGACAAAGGAGUGACCCUGAUUCCUUCAGCGAGAUGCCAAACUGAAGAGGGUAUGAGAUGAUGCUCAGCGUGUGGAUGUGAUGUGACUUGACACAUGUGACACUGAGCGGGUGACCUGAUAUGUGCGGGAUUAGAGAUGCAACCUGGAGUGAUGACCUAACAUAAGUGGCACAGGAGACCGGACCAGGAGCUGACUGGUUCCAUGUGGCACGAAGGGAGGUUCGUUGCAUCAGCAGUUGAAAGGUGCCCCGCCCCAUGCGACGCCUGGACCUCCUCCCGCGAGACAUAUGACGCCGCGAAAUGGCAGACGGAAGCGCCGCCCUCGAUCUCUCACGGAAUCUCCUGGACGACCUCUUCUCGCACGCCCACGCCGCCCUCAUCGUUGAAGACCGAGGCCUCCAGGCGGGCGGAGGCCACGGACAUAAGCGCAAGGGCGUGGAGGCCCACGGGUUCAAGCGCAAGACCUUGUUCCUGUCCUCCGUCGGCGAGGCAGUGGCGAGGCCCUUCGGCGAUGGCUCCAAGAGGAUUCCUUCGACUCCCUCGGAAACGAACGGGUCCUCGCGCGGCCACGCCCCGAGGGUCACAUGUGCCUUGCCGCCCGCGCCGCCCGCCCGCGCGAAGGAGACGAUCUUAAGAGUGCCUCUGCGGCCUCCCCCCGUUGGCGCGGCGGGCCCUGCGAUGCCCACGCGCCUCGCCGAGACGCCGUGCCUCACCACAACCGCGUGCCUCGCCAAGUCCGCGUGCCUUCCCACGCCCACGGCUUCCCCCCGCCCGCACCGCCCUCCGCCCCGCCCCUCUGCGGCCGCGCCCUCGCCCCGCAAGAUCCUGAGAAGAGCGAACGCACAAAUACCGUUAAAGCCGCCCCCUUCCACGCCCGCGGCUUCGCCUCCGCCCACGACGUACCUGACUUCACCGCCCGCAGAUCUAGCAACGCCGCCCGCGUACAUGACGUCGACCACGCAUCCAGUCUCUCCCGACAUCCUGACGUCGUACCUGACGCCGCCGCCGACGUACCUGGCGCAGGUCUACGCUCGGCUGACGUCGUCGGCGGCGUCGCGCCUGGCGUCGCACUUCUCCUUGUCUUCCUCUCUCUCCUCCUCCCCCUCCCCCUCCUCAUCCUCAUCCUCAUCCUCUUCCUCUUCCUCUUCCUCCUCCUCUUUCUCCUCUUCCUUCUCCGCCCCGAUAGCAACGGAUGACGAGAGAUUCUCCCCAAAGAGAGAAGUGGAGGAUGAACUCGAAGGAAAGAAGUCGUGCGUCGUAUGCGGAGAUCCCGCCCCUUUCCUCCAGCCGAGCGCCGCCCUCGUCUGCGACUCCUGCAGGGCCUUCUUCUGGAGGAGUGUCGUGGACGCAAGUUACAAAGACUUCGCCUGCGCCAAAAGCUGGGGCUGCAUGGUCACGGUGUCAGCGAGGAGAGCUUGUCAAGCCUGCAGAUUUUUUAGCUGUCUGCGAGCGGGGAUGGACAUCUCGCGGGCCAAGAGAGAGGAGGAGGAGGAGGAGACUCCUGGACCUUCGCGCUCUCCUCGUGCAAGUCCCUCAUGCAACACGGAGACGAAAGGCCGCGAAGGAGCCGCCAGCGCCUUCGCCAGCAGUUCUCGAGGUUCCCCUCGGGCGCCCGGGUCUCUGGGGCCUUCAGAGCCUUCGGUGAGCCCGCACUUGAGGUCUAGUCAUUCUACCAUUCCGCUCGCAGCGUCCCACUUCAGGGCCGGACACCAUUCCUCCGGCCCUUGCGGGUCCGGCUCGGAUCCUAAUCCCCGCGUCUUCGUCGCUCCUGGCGGUGCCCAGCGCUCGGUCAUCACGUCGAGCUCGUCGAUUCGGAAUCCCUUGUCUGCUCCUGUUAAGACGGAGGAUUCACCUUCUUUUAAGUAUCCUGCGCGACUUGAUCCUGCGCGGUCUGUCAUUCAGAGCGUCCUGGGAUCAUCGUCGACGCCGUUUCGUCCGCCGAGAAGCCAGGAGAGAAGACGGAAAUCGGCGCAGGGAGUUGCGGGUUCGGGUCCGAGUGAAGUAGCUUCGAGUGGACCGAACAACAGUAAUGCGACGCCUUCUCCUGUACUUAACAUGAAAGAUCUGGAGUCCCUACUGACGCCCGAAGAUUACACGGACCUGAAGGAGCUCGAGGAGUCCUACCACCGAGCAUUCGAGAACAUUUCCGUGCCAAUGGAGAACCGCAUGAUCAAGCCGGACGAACUGAGCAAACUGUAUAGCUUCUUCAUCAAGCGGCGCGCCAACUUCCUGGUGAGCACGUCGCUGUACAGCACCCUGGUCCCCGCGGAUCGGCCGAAACUCCUGAGGAUCGCGGUGUCCAUGUGCACAUACAUCACCGGCGCCCAUCUCAUGGACACACGGAACUACAUGUGGCCAAAGCAAGGAGAGGCGGCGGCCAGCCCCUCUACCCCCAUGCUGUCCGCCGCCACCAUCCGCCAGUACCUGUCGCACGAGCAGUUCAUUCGCCUCAUGCGCUUCUACGUCAACUACUCCUCGUACUACUGCGACGAGCGAAUAGCCAUCAUGAUGCAGGUAUUGUCCCUGGCCUACCCGGAGACGGGGCUGGAGGAUCCUGCCGUGGUGGAAGAAGGCAGGAGGCGCUACGGCGGCCUCCUGUCGCGUUACCUGCUGGCAGUGUACGGCCCCGAGGCGGGGGUCAGCAUGUUCAGGGCGCUCCUCAGCAGCCAGGUCGAGAUGAGGCAGCUGGUGGAGAUUAACCAGCACGUGGAGCUGGUGCCUCGGGUUUCCAGACAAGAGGACACGAACGCCGGGGCGGCGCUGAAUAGAGGGAUCCAGCUGGUGUGUGACGGCGCCAUGGAGAUCAUCGAUCAGCUGAUGAAGCAGCAGGGAAGCCGCCGCGAGAACAGCCACAUCUCGGAGCUGCAGCAGAGAUCUCGCGCGCUCGCGGUGGUCAGGCCCGAAGGCGAGGCGAAAGUGGACGACCCCGAGCACCUGGUUGUGAUCAAAGACGUGCUGCGGCGUCUGGCCCACUGCAAUGACCCGAAACUCCUGGCGGAUGCCCGGCGAAUCAUACCCACGGAUCUCUUGAAACAGUUUCAUAAAAUGCUCGAGUGAGAAGUGAAUUCUUUGUGUUUCGAGACUUGACAGGAUGUGUGGCGAAUGAGUCUAAAAUAAACACAGAAAUGGUGAUAAAAGUAAAAAAAAAA